CUGCGAUCCUGCUGCCCCCGGAAGAAGCCGCGUACCAGUACCAAGUACGAACACAUUGGAUUGGGUUGGUGCUUGCUUCAACUGCCCGGUGGUGGUGGAAGAAGCUUGGCCAUGGAGGGGGAUGCGGUGGCCAAGAACGAGGGGAAGGUUGGAGGCGGCGGCGGCGGCGGAGGGGUUAGCAAUGGCGCCGGUGGCGCGAACGGGAGGAGGAGGUGGAAGGGCGGCGGCGGCAGGCAGCACCCGAUCAUCCAGGCCUACCCCGCGCUCCUGCCGCUGCCGAUACACGCCUCCCACGCGCGUCGCAACGGCGCCGUCGCGCUCCCGCUGCCGCCGCCCGUGCUGGUCUACCUGCACCAGCCGCCGCCGCCGCUGCUGUUCCCCAAGGCGGCGGCGUGCUACGGGAAGCCCAACGGCGUUCUGCCGCAGAGGGGGCCCGCGUGGAGAUCGAGGAAGCCGCCGCCGCCGCCGCACGCCGUCACCGCCGCGCUGCUGCCGCUCCCGCACGAUAGCGAGCUGCUUCAGCACAAAAGGUGCUUCAUUCGUGAGAGCCGAACAUCUGACGUGAAAGCAAAUCAUGUGAGCACCCAUCAGAACUCAUCUAUCGACAUGCAUGGAGUCACCAUUGCACCCAGACCUGACGGGGGUGGAGUUAAGGGAAAUGUAAUUCCUCUCUAUGCAAACCAUUUCCUUGUGCGUUUUGAUCCUGGAAAGAAGAUUUUUCAUUACGAUGUUGACAUAUUCCCACACCAUUCAAAAGAAACAGCAAGAAUGAUCAAGAACAAGCUAGUUGAAGAAAAUUCAAGUGUCCUCUCAGGGGCCCUGCCAGCCUUUGAUGGCCGCAAGAAUCUGUUCAGUCCAAUUGAGUUUCAACAAGACAGGCUUGAGUUCUUUGUUAGUCUUCCAGCAGCUGCAUCGGCACGAUUUAUAGCAGCUAAAGAGAGUGGCCACAUGCUUAACAAGCAGAAUCAUAAGGUUUUCAGGGUGAACCUUCGGUUGGUUUCAAAGCUAAGUGGUGAGGAGUUGAACAAGUACUUGAAUGAAGAGAAGGAUGGUAUUCCUCUUCCUCAAGAUUACCUUCAUGCAUUGGAUGUCAUCCUGCGGGAAGGUGCUAUGGAAAAUUCUAUUCCCAUAGGCCGGUCAUUGUAUUCACAUUCCAUGGGAGAAGCAAAGGAGAUUGGUGGUGGGGCUGUUGUAUUACGAGGUUUCUUCCAGAGCUUGAGGCCGACAAAGCAAGGUCUUGCCCUCAAUGUUGACCUCUCCCUUACAGCUUUCCACGAAAACAUUGGCAUAAUUGCAUACUUGCAGAAGCGCUGUGACUUCAUGAAGGACCUUUCACAGAUGAAGACCAGGGCUUUGGCAGAAGAUGAGAGGAGGGAGGUAGAGAAAGCAUUGAAGAAUAUUCGAGUUUUUGUGUGCCACCGUGAAACUGAUCAAAGGUACCAUGUGCAUGGCUUGACUGAUGAGACGACAGAGAACCUCAAGUUUCAAGAUCGCAGUGGGAAGGAUUAUACGGUGGUGGAUUACUUCAAGGAGCACUACAACCAUGAUAUCAAAUUCAGGAAGCUUCCCUGCUUGCAAAUUGGUAAGAGCAAGCCGUGCUAUGUGCCAAUGGAACUGUGCAUGGUUUGUGAGGGCCAGAAGUUUCUUGGCAAGCUCUCAGAUGAACAGACCUCCAAGAUGCUCAAGAUGGGUUGCCAAAGACCAAGUGAAAGAAAGGGAAUUAUAAAGGGUGUUGUUGAAGGAACAUUUGCUGCAAGAAGCAAUUCAUAUGCUGAUCAAUUCAGCCUGCAAGUGUCCAAGGACAUGACACAGCUCUCAGGGAGGGUUCUCUUGCCACCAAAACUGAAGCUUGGCAAUGGAGGGCGCAUCAAGGAUAUAAUACCAGACAGAUUUGAUCGGCAAUGGAAUUUGAUGGACAGCCAUGUUGCUGAGGGUUCCAAGAUCAAGAGCUGGGCCUUGAUAAGCUUUGGUGGCAGCCCAGAGCAUCAAUCAUUUGUUCCAAAGUUUAUCAACCAGCUAUCAAGCCGAUGUGAGCAACUUGGGAUUCUACUCAACAAGAAAACUGUUGUUAGCCCUUUGUUUGAGAGGAUUCAACUGCUGAACAAUGUUGGCAUUUUGGAGAGCAAGCUGAAGAAAAUUCAGGAAGCCGCCUCGGGCAAUUUACAGUUGCUAAUCUGUAUCAUGGAGCGGAGGCAUCGGGGCUACGCUGAUUUGAAGCGCAUUGCAGAAACAUCCAUUGGUGUCGUGACACAGUGUUGCCUGUACUCCAACUUAACCAAGCUGAGCUUUCAGUUCUUGGCCAAUCUAGCACUGAAGAUAAAUGCAAAGCUCGGUGGCUGCAAUAUUGCCCUCUACAACAGCUUGGCAUGCCAAAUUCCUAGAAUAUUUUCGGACAAGGAGCCAGUGAUGUUCAUGGGUGCUGAUGUGACUCACCCACAUCCCCUGGAUGACUCGAGUCCAUCUGUGGUUGCCGUAGUUGCAAGCAUGAAUUGGCCUUCAGCAAAUAAGUACAUCUCCAGGAUGAGGUCGCAGACGCACCGCAAAGAAAUCAUUGAGCACCUUGAUGUGAUGGCUGGUGAACUGCUUGAGGAGUUCGUGAAAGAAGUCGGCAAGCUCCCAAGUAGAAUCAUAUUCUUCAGAGACGGUGUGAGUGAGACGCAGUUCUACAAGGUACUGACAGAGGAGUUGCAGGCAGUGCGUUUGACAUGUUCAAGAUACCCAGGCUACAAGCCAUCGAUCACGUUUGUCGUGGUUCAGAAGAGGCAUCACACAAGGCUCUUCCACAGGGAGAAGAAUGGCGGCUCGACACACUACUCUGACCAGAAUGUGCCACCGGGGACAGUGGUCGACACCGUGAUCACACACCCGAGGGAGUUCGAUUUCUACCUGUGCAGCCAUUGGGGCACAAAGGGGACGAGCAGGCCGACGCACUACCGAGUUCUGUGGGACGAGAACAACUUCAAGUCCGACGAGAUGCAGCAGCUGAUACACAAUCUUUGCUACACCUUUGCGCGGUGCACCAAGCCUGUCUCUCUCGUCCCACCGGCGUACUACGCUCACCUCGCGGCAUAUAGAGGAAGGCUGUAUCUUGAGAGAUCGGACUCAUCGGACACCAGCCGGACAACUCUGUACAGAGCCACGCCAUUGCAGACUGUCCCACUCCCCAAGCUCCGAGACAGUGUUAAGGGGCUCAUGUUCUACUGCUGAUCUUCUGAUUUACCAUCGUUAUAAAUAGUAUUUCUCUCAUUUCCUUCACCAUAUUUUUCUGCCUUUUAUGUAGCGCCAUGUAUUAUUUCGGAAAGGCAAAAUAGCCAUUUUCAUCCCU